UUCUCAGUUUCUGCACUGAAUAUCCUUAUCAUGGCGUCCAAGGAUUCGUACGGAAUUGUUGAGUGGUAUGGAAAUGGAAACGGACACCGCUGCGGUUAUUGUAAAAGUUCAAAUGGCAACAUUUCAGACGGAAUGUGGGCACAUGCCUUGACUGUACAGAACUAUCAAGAUCUAAUUGACAGAGGAUGGAGAAGGAGUGGGAAAUACUGUUACAAACCGCUAAUGAACAAAACAUGCUGUCCACAUUAUACCAUAAAAAUGGAGGCACUAAAUUUUCGGAUGAAUAAAUCACAUAAGAAGAUUAUCAAACAGGUCAACAAAUAUCUUAUACAUGGAAUAAAACCAGGAGAGGUCAAAGGACAAGAUCAGGAUGAGGCUCGAGAUGCCCCACAUUCAGAAGCAGGGAAUGUGCCAGAAGGGGAAACACCAACUGUUGAUAUGAAAGGGGAGACAACUCCGGGAGUAGAAAAUACAGCAACUUCAUCAACCCAAAUUCCAAAACCAGAGACAGUGAAGGAUAGUGCAAUGGAUAUAGUAAAAUCAGAAGAUGCUACAAAAUCUAAAAAAGAAAUCAGAAAGGGUGAGGGAGCAGAUCCAAACAAACCACCAUGUCGUAAAGCUAAAGAUAUCAGGAUAGAGAUGAAGAAGAAAAAAUUACUAGCGGCAGGCAAGGAUCCUCAGGAAGUGGAAGAAAUGUUUCAGAAGAAGAGCAAUCCUACAGAUGGCGUUAAAUCUUUGGAGGACUAUCUAAAUGAACCUUCAAACACAGAUAAUUGUGCUCAUAAAUUAGAGAUUAAACUGAUUAGGAGUAACCCACGGCAACGUCCAGCAUUUGUUGACAGCUUUAAAGAAUCACAUCUAGUCUUUAAGAAAUACCAAAUGUCCAUACAUCAUGAAGAUGAAAGCGACUGUGAUAUAAGUCAGUUUGAAAAUUUUCUAGUUGAUUCUCCACUUAAGGAGACAAAAGGAGAAGAUAAAACACAUGGCCGUGUAUCCAUGGGAUAUGGAUCCUUUCAUCAGCAUUAUAUACUAGAUGGGAGAAUUAUAGCUGUUGGUGUGGUAGACAUUCUUCCGCACUGUAUAUCAUCCGUUUACUUAUACUACCAUCCUGAUUAUUCAUUUCUAGCUCUAGGAACUUAUACAGCCUUACAGGAAAUAGCAUUUACAAGAUCCCUAAAUAAGAUGGAUCAAGAACUGAAAUAUUAUUAUAUGGGUUAUUAUAUACAUUCCUGUCCUAAAAUGGUAUACAAGGGUCAGUAUUAUCCUUCCUUCCUUCUAUGUCCAGAGACUUACACAUGGCAGCCUAUAGAGAAAUGUAGACCUAAACUUGACCAGAACAGAUAUUCAAGAUUGGCUCCAGAUGGAGUUGAGGAUGAAAAUCUAAAUGUACCAGAUGACAAGAUUACAGUUCUUUAUAUGAGGCAGUUGAUGAACUAUGCUAUAUAUACACAACUUAAUCCUAAGGCCAAAGAUGCUAAAGCUGUUAAAAAGUACUCGCAACUCGUUGGGAAAAAAGUUGCUCCAAAUAUGAUGUUAUUCAGAUCAGGUUAAAAAAAUCCCCCAAAUUUAUCUGUCAGGUUUUUGUUUACUCACAUUCGUAGUGUCAGAUGAUUGGGAUUACCAUCAAAGAAAACCAUGUGCAGUUUUUGUGAGAAGAAUGAUCAAAGAAGCAUUUAAAAGAAAUGUCAGGAUACCUGUUUUUGUUCUCACAAUAUUCUUAAGGACAUUCAAAUACAGUUUUGAUGCACAUGGUUUAUUUACAAAAUUUGCAUGCAAGCUAUUUUUCAUCUAGUAAAUUCAAAUAUGUAAUUAACAGUAUAAAUGGGAUCAAAAUUUAAGAAAUUUACUUAAAAUUUCAGUUUCUUGGAUAUUUCUAUCCUUUGGACAGACAUACCUAAUGUUUUUGUUUCAAAAGAUAGACACAAGUGGAUUUUUGUUAAAACAUUAGGAAUACCUCAUUUACAUAUUACUAAGUAUACUCUAAAUUUGUGUAAAAAUUCCUUUAAAAUAGUUCAUUCUUAUUAAAGUUUAAUGAGUUUAGAAAAAAAACAGCAUUUUUUGCUGUAUAUUUAUCUAUUUUAAAAAAAAAAUCAUUUGUGAUUUGUUCAUAAAAUUGAUACAAAUAAUCUUCAUACAUAAUCAAACCAGAUGUCACGUUUUAAAAAGAGGGGUCCAUGUUCUUGUUUUCUAGCUAAUGAUUGAAAUCUGUCGAAAAUGCAUAUUUUCCGAAUACAUCAUAUGAUGUCGCGAAAAAUAACAUUUUACAUUAAAGAUGUUAUUUCCUGCCCCUGUAACAGUAUCAUUUGCCCUUAAGAAGUAAUAUCUGGCAACUUAUGUCCCUUUAUAACGUUAUAUGCAAGCCAGGCAUCAUCUGUGUCCUUCGGACACAUUCUGCAUUUAUUUAUAUGUAUUAUUUUGUGAUUCUUAACAGACUUAAACUUUAGAUGAAAUUAUUCCUCAAGUUUGCUACACAUCUUUACAUCAGUUUAAACUUUAAUUACAUUUAAAAAAAUUUCCUCUUUCCUCUUUUUAUUGGAGGGAGGUUUCAGAUGCAUUUUUUUAGCAUAUAUGUUACUGAUAAAUGCAAAUUUCUGCAUAUUUCAUACUGAUGAAAAUGUAUUGCCUAAUUCAAAAGUAAAAAAAAAAUAUAUGUCAUAUCACACUCACGACUCUAUUAUAUCAACCCUCAACUAGUACAGGCUGCUAAUUGAGCUGAGAUAUCGGGCGGAUAUUAUAUUGUGUAUACAAAACCUUUAUUAAAAUUACAUAUGUGUGUAAUUUUGUAUUCUUCAGCCAUGUGAAAGUAAAAGUUGUCAGACACAAAACUGUUACAAGUAUUGUUAAGUGUAAUUUUCUCAAUUUAAUACAUUAAAUAUAAAAAAGCUUGCCUUCACCAGUAAAGUGUAUUCAAUAAAUAAAGACAAAAAAUAAUGGUAUAUCUCUAUAAAGAAAAUAAAUUUCUGAUACAUACUGAUAUAAAAAAAGAAGAUGUGGUAUGAUUGCCAAUGAGACAACUCUCCACAAGAGACCAAAUGACACAGUAAUUAACAACUAUAGGUCACCGUACGGCCUUCAACAAUGAGCAAAACCCAUAGCACACAGUCAGCUAUAAAAGGCCCCGAAAUAACAAUGUAAAACAAUUCAAACGAAAAAACUAACCGCCUAAUUUAUGUACAAAAAAUGAACGAAAAACAAAUAUGUAACACAUAAACAAACAACAACAACAACUGAAUUACAGGCUCCUGACUUGGGACAGGCACAUACAUACAGAAUGUGGUGGGGUUAAACAUGUUAGCGGGAUCCCAACCCUCCCCUAACCUGGGACAGUGGUGUAUGUUAUGGAUUUUUUGCUGUUAUUGAUUCUUAGGGGGGAAUAUUUUUAUAGUUAUGUAGGUUAAAGACUUUUCAUGAUGUAAUAUAAUUAUUUUCAUUUGUUUACAUUGUUCUACAGCCAUGUGAAAGUUGUGUGACACAGAACUGUAACGAGUAUUAAUAUAUGUACUUUUUAAAUAAUUUAUUUAAUCUUUUAUGUUCAUUUGAUUUUGAAUGAUCAUACCUAUUUAACCCUUUGACCGCAACGUUUUUACAAUGAGUGUCUUGUUGUAUGUGGUAUUAUUUGAUCAAGGUUGUGCAAAGAGUUUCAGAAAACCUUGUCAAAUUGUAUUUUUUUAAGUCAUAUCUGUCAAUAUGAGGUUAUACUGUUAUUUUUUUGAAUUUUAAAGAUAAUAGAAUAUAUAUUAUAAUAAGUAUGCAAGAUGUAAAAGUUUGUAAAAGUUUGUAAUGCUUUUGUUUGUUUGGAAAAAAUGGCCAUUUUGCACAUACUUUUCUAUCAAAGUAUAUGGUCUUACACAGGAAGAUAUUUAACAAACUUUUACAUCUAAAGUAUACUAAAUCUUGUAGCAAAACACAUUUUUGGUGAAAGCAUUGCCUCUUUAUUUAAAUAUUAAUGACAAGAUAUGAAAAUGAGGCUAUUUUACACAGUUUCCGCCUCUUUGCACAAAUUGCCAGAAGUUUGAGACCUGAAUACAGAUGAAAGACAAAAUGAAAAAAAAAUAUAUAUACUGAUGAUUGACAGACUAUGUCUUAUGAACAUCUGAAUUUGGUAUGCUAUCUGGCAGAUAUAUAAUAAAUUUUGAUUUUCAAAUUCAGGGGGCCAAAAAAGUGGCCUUAUUAUACCUGUCCCUUAACAGAAAAAAUGUAUACUUUCAAUCAUGCAUGUAAGAACCACUAACCAUUAGGCUGAUGGUACUCUCAGGAAUAAAUAACCUACCAGUAGCUGUGCCAAUCCAGUUGUAGUAUUAAAAACGAAAUACACAUUAUUAUUGAUACCAAUUCCAUGCACACAACAUUUUUUUCUGGAAUAAGAAUGAUAAUACCCAUGUUUUUUACUUCGUCAUGUGAAACUGCCUCUAAGAAAUUUUAGGUCUGUUAUAUAUGUAGUUAGCCAGAUUUUUAAGAUAUAUUUGUGAUGGCAGAAAUAUUAUGUUUUAAGGAAUGCUUGAUUGAAAUAAGCAAAUCAAUCCUGAUUUGAUGUUAUAUCAUUAUUUUUAUAAGUCAAAUGUAUUCUUGUUGACGGUUUUGUUAUGUUUUUACUUUUUUCCCCCAAAGAUAUUAUUUAUUAACAACUAACAUUACAUUUCAAACUGUGCAAUUGUGAUAAAACAUGUUUUGUUAUUAAAGCAUACUUUUAUAAAGUUU